AAAUAAGUGGAAAAAGUGAAAAAAGUGUUUAAAAGUAAGUGGAAAAAAAUAUACAAAAAUACAGCAAAUAUGUGUUAAAUAAGAUCCCGUUCGAAAAGGGAUCCAAAUGUCAAGUGUUGCCCAUUGAAACGAUGGAUAAGAGGCUCAGCGAUAGUCCCGGAGAUUGUCGCGUAACCAGAUCCAGCAUGACGCCCACCCUCCGCUUGGAUCACAGUCCCCGGCGGCAACAACAGCAACAACAGCAGCAGCAACCCCAAGAACAACAGCAACCAGAGUGCAGUGGAACAUCUGCAACAGCGAAAUCCAAAUCCAAGUCCAAGUCCUCCACACCUCCCACCACCAAAUCCCAGGCAGGGGGUGCCCCAGGUGCCCCUCAGCAACAGCAACAGCAGCAUCAUCAAUUCCGUGCCCCGCAGCAGCAGCAGGGGCCCAAAAACAAGAACAAGGCCUGGAGCAAGAGGGGCCACAAGACCAGUGGCGGCGGCAGCGGCGGCGGCGGCAAGUACAGUGGCAUCGCACAGUCGCAUCCCAAUGGCAGCAGUGGGGCGGCGGGUGCCGGCUUGGGCCUGGCCGGGGGACAACCUCCGGCUGGAGGCGGAGUGUCGCCCACAGUGGCAGCGGCCCACAAGGCCGAUCUGGAGAAUAUACAGAAUAUCAAGAAUCAAAUAUCCGGCAAUGCUGCGAGCCACUAUGGCAGCGGCAGCGGUGGCGGUGGCGGCGGGUCGGCCUCCCAUCACGGGGGAUCGCAUCACGGCGGCGGCGGAACAGGCGGCAGCGGGGGCGGGGGACACCACCACCAUCACAACACGCGGCUGGCGCAGUUUGCCGCCGGCACGGGGGGAGUGGGGGCUGGUGCGGGCGGCAAUGGCAUCUCCAUCGGAGCGAUGGACAAGCACGGACUGAAGGCCCAGCAGCAGCUCUACAAGAAAAUGCUGGCGCACAGGGGCCAUCAUCAUCAUGUGCUGUGCGCCGGAAACAAUGCCAAUCACACGUGCUGCCUGGUCACCGGCUGCAACGGAACCAGCGGCGGCGGAGGAGGAGGAGGCGGCGGCGUGGCUGGAGGUAAUAGUGGCAUCAAUGCCGUGGGAGGCGUGAACGCCGGAUGCAAGGAUGCGCAGAGCAACAAGGACACCAGCUCGCUCAGCGGAAACAGCAACAUCUCGGGCAGCGCAGCGGCGGCGGCUGCAGCGGCCAAUGCCGUGCACUACUGCUGCGGGAGGUCCAAGUUCUUCCUGCCGGAGAAGCGGCUGCGGAAGGAGGUGAUUGUGCCGCCCACCAAGUUCCUGCUGGGCGGCAACAUCUCGGAUCCCCUCAACCUCAACUCGCUGCAGCACGAGAACACCUCGAACGCGUCGAGCAGCAACAACACGCCGGCGACGACGCCGCGCCGGUCGCCGACUACGACGCCGCCCAAGGUGGAGGUCAUCAUACCGCCCAAUAUCCACGACCCGCUGCACCUGCUCGACCCCGUCGACUCGAUGGAGUACGAGAAGCAGCUGACGUCGCCGAUGAAGCGGGGCGGCAUGCUUACGCGCGGCAGCCACCUGAAGCUGCAGCAGCAGCCGCAGGCGCACCACCGCCAGCACAGGCCGCGGAAGAACCGCCAGCCGCAAGCAUUCGACUCGACCAACGCCUCCCAUGCGGGCGACGACGGGGGCGAGGGCAGCGAAACGCUCUCCGUCUCCCUGGACGAGGCGGGGACCUCAUCCUCGGCGGCAUCGCCGGUGGCGCCACUCGCUGCCGCCGGCUCUGCCGCUGCUGCGUCCCUCAGUCUGCUACUGAGCGAAGCCGCCGCACCGGCAUCUGCAUCGGCAUCGUCAUCGGAUACGGGCGGAACGGCGGAAAUGGGCCAGCAGCAGGCGCAUGUCCGCUCGAUGGCCACGGCAGAGAUGCCGGCUCCCACGCCCACAGAGGCGGCUAAAUUCCAUCGUAACGAUGGAAUGGACAAGAUCGUGAGUCCCGUGGUGCCACAGCCAGUGGCAUGGAAGCGUCCGCCACGUUUGCUGCAGCCCAGCGGUACCCGGAAGCCGAAAACGCGACGAUCCACGUCUUUCAGCGAAACGUACCUGCUCAGCCCCGUAGAGGAGCAGCCGCCCAGGCAGUUGCCCCUCAUCGAGGUGAACAUCCCACGCGACGAUACGCCAGAUCUAUCGGAGCAAGGCCUGGGCAGCCCCAUGAGCACCACAUCGGCGGCCACCUCACAUACGGCCGGGGAACAGGACUCCCUGCCGCCGGACACCGCGGCCGCCGUCGAGUCAACAGCAGCCGGGACGGUGGUAAAGCCGAUGCCCGAGGAGCCGACCCUCAUGCUGGAGCCGGCCCUGAUACCGCCCCUCAACAAGCUGCUCAAGUUCCGGGCGGAUGGGGUGAAGUACCGCUACGGGAACUUUGACCGCUACGUGGACUUUCGGCAGCUGAAUGAGUUCCGGGACGUGCGGCUGCAGGUGUUCCAGCGGCAUGUGGAGCUCUUCCAGAACAAGGACAUCCUGGACAUUGGCUGCAACGUGGGCCACAUGACCAUCACGGUGGCCCGCCACCUGGCCCCGAAGACCAUACUGGGCAUCGACAUCGACCGGGAGCUGGUGGGCCGGGCCCGGCGCAAUCUGUCCAUCUUCGUGCGCAUACCCAAGGAGGAGAAGGUGAAGAUGGAGGUGAAGCAGGAGCCCACAACCAGGAGCAACGGCAGCAGCAGCUCAAAUUGGAUGCACUCCUUGUGA